UAGCGUCAUCGCCGCGCGACACGUGUCGAGAACGCUUGGUGGUCAGGCGUUGAUGACGUCACGGCCCCUUGAAGGAUGGCUCUCGUCAAGGCGAUCGCGGAACGAGCGAGCCGUAACCCGAUGACGGUUCAACUGGGUGGCCCGUAGGCCCGGCGGCAGAGAUGAGAAUCCGGCUGCGGGGUCCCGGCCACGCCGGAAGCCUCCUGGCCGAGCUGGACCGCUGCCGGCGUUCGGGCCGCUACUGCGACGUGUUCCUGCGCGUGGGCCGGCGCACCUUUGCGGCGCACCGCGCCGUGCUGGCCUGCGCCGGCACCUACUUCCGCAACCUGUUCGGCCAGGCCGCGUCCGUGCCCGCCGACGCCGUCUCGCUGGAGUUUGUUUCGCCGGCCAACUUUGAGAAGGUGCUGAGCUUCGUGUACACGGGGGAGAUCCUGGCCGAUCUCAUCGACGUCGGCGUCCUUUGCGAGCUGGCCGAGAGGCUGGGUGUGAGCGAGCUGGCCAGGGCCUGUCACGCCACCUUCCCGGACCUGCCGGGAUCGCCGGCGCGCGGCGGCACGGGAGAGCGUCCGGCCGCCUCCUCCGCCGCGUCCCGCUCGUCCGCGUCGGCGGAGGGCGGGGCGGCGGACGGCCUCCCUCCUCCCGGGACCGCGUCGGCGGACGGCCUCCCUCCUGCCGGGACCGCGUCAACGGACUUGAAGAUCGAAGACAUCCGGUCUCUCGUAGGCUACGGGCAAAUUCUGGCAGAGGGCGCGGCACGCCGCCUUUGGAGCGGCGAGGCACCGCCCACGGGCCCCGAGCUCGGAACAGAGAAAGAACUGACGGAGGAGGAGGCGGUUCCGGGCGCCGCGACGCUUUCCCAGAAGACGGGCGACUCUGAGCCAUCCGGACGCCCUCCCUUCCCCGAAUGGCUGGCGCGGCUCGGCGCGGGGAGCCCCUCGGCGAGCGGCGCCGAAGACUUGACGGCUUCGCGGGGAAACGAGGAGCGGUGGGGGCAACUGGCCGGCGAGAUCAUCGAACUGAGCGAUGACGAGAACUUCAAGGUGGAGGGAGAGGACGAGGACCAGGACGAAGACGAGGACGAGGAGGAAGACGACCUCGUCUGCGCGGAAAACGGCCACGGAAGCCAAUCGGGCGGCCAGGCAUUUUCCGGCUGGCACGACUUGCACUCGGAAGGGACGUACUUUCCGGAAAAUAAGGUCCCGGGAGGCGCGCCGGCGCGCGAGGCCUGCGCGGCUCCUCCGUCUGCAGACCCGGCCGCCGAGAGCCGCGUGAGCGAGCCGGGCCGCUGUCAUCUUUGCGCCGCCGGGGUCUCCCGCUCGCUCACCCGCGCGGGCGCGCGGCUUUUCUCCUGCGACAUGUGCCAGCUGGACUUCUGCAGCCAAAAGAAGCUGCUGCGCCACCAGCGGCGCAGCGGCUCGGCUCGCUACUUGGCUCCGCCCCGCCGAGGCCGCGAGCCGCGCUGUGCCGUGUGCGCGCAAGACCUCGGCAAGGACUUCAAGGCGGUUCGAGAGCACGUCCUGAGUCACGUGUGCACCCGAAGCUUUCGCUGCGGCGUCUGUCGGCUGCCGCAGCGCUCUCUGUGCUCCCUGCUGUGGCACGCCCUCGCCCACCUGCUGCUGCCCGUUUUCAGCUGCCCGCGCUGCGGCCGCUGCUUCGCCGAGCGCCCCCCGCUGGACGCGACCGCGGGCGACCGGGACACCGACGAGGAGCGCGGGGACAUCCGAGCGGUCACGGUCGGGGGGGAGAACCUUUCGGGAAGCGAGGAGCCGGACCGCUCGGCGCCGCCCUCCUCCUUCAUCCUCCUCGCCGAGUCCUCGGGAGGGGGCGGGGAAGCGGGAGGGGCUCCCGGCCGCUCGGGCAAGCGGAAGGCCCGGCAGCCUCUGGAUCCUCCGCCCUGGACUUCCUGGCGGCGGGGGCCGGCGGGUCCCGGAACGAGCGGCGGCGCCGGUUCGGGCCCCGGCCGUCCGGCGAGGGGUUUCCCGGGGCCCGAGCGCGCUGCGGCCGACGGGAGCGCGGGCCGGGACGGGGCCGGCCCUCCGCGCGGCAAGUGGUACCGCUGCGGCUACUGCGGCAAGCGCUUCGCGCACUCGGGGGAGUUCACGUACCACCGGCGCAUCCACACGGGCGAGAAGCCGUACCAGUGCAAGGUGUGCCUGCGCUUCUUCCGGGGCCGCUCCACCAUCAUCUGCCACCUCAAGACGCACGCCGGCGCCCUCAUGUACCGCUGCACCGUCUGCGGCCUCUACUGCUCCACGCUCAAGACCAUGGCGCUGCACGUGGAGCUCCACGGCGACCGUCUGCCGCCCGACUUUGACAUGGAGCACACCUUCAUGUACAACGACCACUCCAAAGAAGCGCCGCCUCUCACCGACGCCUGAGCGGGUCGGGGCCCGGCCCGCCCGCUUCUUGAUCUCGCAGCGACGCGUCGCGCCUUCGAAGGCUUUGGCGGCAGUCCAAAAGGGGAAUUGCUCGCCACCGCCCCAAAGGGAUUUUCGUGGCGAUUUGGUUUGGGGAACGCCCGCUGGCAGAUCCAAAGAAGCAUUUUGACUGGUCCUCUUCUCCUGGGAUUGGACCACCUACAAAAUCUAAAAAGCUUCUGGACACAAAACGGGCAGAAUGUGCUGAGGAAACUGGGGAUCCCCCCCCCAUGAAGAACGUGGAUGUGCAGUUCAGGAAAAGGAGCGCCCCUUCUCCCUAAAUAACUUGCCUCUGCAGUUCCUCAGGGCACCCGUUUCCCCCACUUUGCUGCGUGAUGGUUGGGCGCAAAAUCUGAAUCGGAAUCGUCUUUCUUGGCCAAGUAUGUCGAUCGCACAAGGAAUCUCACGAGACCUCACAAAUGGGCUCCCCGAAGAAGGAAAAGGUUGGCGUUGUCUUACCUCAUAUUUAAGAUACUGUGAGCGUUAUUUCGGACUUUGUCCACUCCUAGACGAAGCAUUUCUGUCUUUGUAAAUGUCUUUUUAUUGACGAGAAAAGAAUAAAAGCACGGAGGAAA